GCCGCCGCUUAAGCGACCAGCGCCUUUCCCGGGAGGCAAAACGCGCCCAGACAAGCCGGACAAGGAUGUGGUGACAGAUUUAGCUUGUGAUGGUGCAGCUGUGUCGUCAGAGCAGAGCAAAUCGCUGAUAGAAGCUUCGCCGUCACCAGAACCUGUUGCUGUUGCGGGGAAUCCCCCUGUCUGUGCCGAGUCUGCUACUGCGUUUCGGUGGCGGUUACGUGAUGGUGGAGAGUGGCUGCGUUUGAUCCAUGAUUGGCAUUUGGUUCCACGGCUUGUGAAAACAGUUGCCGAGCGUUCCAAAGACGCCUGGCUGAGUGAAAAAGAGAUACACAUUCUUCGUGAGGUGUUGGUAUCUUUUCUGAGAAGUCGGGGUUUGAAGUGUUCGGCAGCUGUCGAGCCUGGCCAGCCCUUGGCCUUGGAGCUUUGGGAAGGUUUAUUUCGCUUGUGUGGUGAUGUGGAUCAACAGUUGCCCUCUCUGCUACGUGAAGGGGUUCCCACGGGCAUUUUGCGUACCAUCCCGCCUUCGGGGGUUUGGCGGGAAACUGAAGUACCGGAGCGCCCAAAUCUUGAGCUGCACACUUUCGACACCCCGCGGGGGUCUGCGCGGGAAGAUUGCCGUACUGCUUGCGAGUUGGUUGAGGAGGAUGUCAAGGCCGGUUUCGCUGUGUGGUUGGAUGGCGGCCUCGCAGAAGCCAAGAGGCAGUUUGGUGAUAACUGUGCAGCGGGCCGCCUGGGGGUCGUCAAGAAAGCCGGGUCCGCUCCCCGUGUAAUUGGUGACAGUUCGAUUUCAAACGCAAAUCAUCUUUGCCGCAUAUCGGAGAAGGUGGAGAUGCCGUCUCUUGAAGAUGUUUCGCAGUUUCUUUCGAGGAGGCAAGGUGUGCGCUGGAUUGCCUUUCUCAUGGAUAUCAGCAAGGCACACAAGCGGGUCAAAGUCGCGCCCAAGGAGCGCGGGUUUUCUUUGUUUGCUGUCAUGGAACCUGGUGGAAGGAGGAGGUGGGUGGUCUACAACACUUGCCAUUUUGGAUGUAGCUGGGCCGCCUACUGGUGGAGCCGUGUAGCAGUCGGAUUCAUACGCUUGGGUCAUCGCGUUCUUUGGCAUGGGCACUUUCUCGUGAUUUAUGUCGACGAUUCACUGUCACUCUUUCCAGCAAGUUCCGCGCCGAUCAUGGCAUGUUUGCAGGCGGUUUUAGCUUGUGCGCUUGGGCUCCCACUGUCGUGGCACAAGAUGGACUUGGGCUCGCCCGUGAAGUGGAUAGGGUGGUGUUUGCGAUUGGAUGGGGUGCCUGUCGCAACGCUACCCGAUGAGAAGGCAGCAAGACUUUGCUCUGUGCUACGUCAACUGGCUUCAAGCACCAAGUGUUGCAGUCGCAAGGAGAUCGAAUCUUUCCUAGGGUGGCUGAAGCCCUGGCUGAGUGUUUUCUUCCAUAUGCUGCGCAAGCCAACGCUGCGGUUUCUGCAACUUGAUCGUCGGCAGUUGGCUGAAUUAGAGGACCUGCUGCAGACCGACCUGGCAGUGAAAGCAGAUGCUGUGUUGUCGGAUGCCCGGAAGGGUUGGAAGCUAUUGGAGUGCAGCGGGCAUGAGGCCCGCCCUGCGAGUUGGCAAGAUCUUUUGCGUUGGAAAAAUGGCAUGGCUUGGCUGAAGUUUGGUGAUUGGACCUGCGACUCGGUGAAACCAUGUGCAGAGGAGAAGCAAGUUGCUGGCUUCUUCUUGCAACUCAUCGAGGCUAGAGUGCGGGUGCAGUUGGUUGAGCUGGAGCAAAAGGCCAUCGUGGCAGCCGCAGAUGCCUUUGCUGAUGCGCAUGAAGCAGGCUUGGGAGGCUGGUGGCUGCCUGCCGGCAGCCCGCUCGAGGUCGGCCAGAUACGCUGGUUCUCUUUCAAGGUUCAACUGGCAGAUCUUCCAUCUUGGUUUCGACCGCAGCGUCAGAGUGGUCAACCUG